AAUAGCCCUGCAAAGUGCAUCAGGCGCCGCCGCUAGGUAGAUAACGUAAUGGAACCGUGUGCGUGUCUGGCGGGAAGGUAAACAAUUCCCAGCCCCGUUGUCGAUCGUUAGCAAAUUGAACCCGUGCGCGCCGUCGAGAGGGGGCAGAAAGGUCGCGGCUAGUGGUGGUGCGCUGUAAAUUAGUGCCGUACAAGGUGUCUGGGUGAUUUGAGGUCAAACCGUUUUCCCACCGCAGAGAGGUGAAACUAUAGUUCGUCGCUGGUGAAUGUCUGGUGAAGCGUCCGCGAGUGAGUGUUUGAUCGAAGUGUGCGACCGGUGGGCACUUUAGGGAGAAUCUACGAAGAAACACUAAGCUCCAGCUUUGGAGUGGUGUUACCAUGGCAGCCGCCGUUGUGGAGCAACCGCCACCGUCAGCGCUUGCCAGCGAUGUGAAGAUCGUGAAGGCGAAACCCGUCCGGAAGGUGUUUAAGGGCGCAUCGCGGGUUAUCAACAAAAUACCGCCCGAGCUGCUGAACGACCCGGACCUGAACGCGGCCAUCGGUGCUCUGCCCCCGAACUACAAUUUCGAAAUCCACAAAACGAUUUGGCGCGUCCGGGAGACGAAGGCGAAGCGGGUCGCGCUGCAGAUGCCCGAGGGGCUGCUGAUGUACUCCCUGGUGAUCAGUGAUCUGAUCGAGCGGUUCACCGAGGCCGAUACGAUCGUGAUGGGCGAUGUAACGUACGGGGCUUGCUGUGUGGACGACUUCACUGCCAAGGCACUGGGGGCCGAUCUUCUGGUCCACUACGGCCACAGCUGCCUGGUUCCAAUCGACCAGACCACCGGCAUCAAGGUUUUGUACGUGUUCGUGGACAUCAAGAUCGAUGCGCUACACUUUGUCGAGAGCGUCAAGCUGAACUUUCCCCGCGACCGGAAACUGGCGUUCGUCAGCACGAUCCAGUUCGUGGCCACACUGCACGCCGUGGCCAAAGAGCUGCGGGAGGCACAGUACGACGUGCUGAUACCACAAUCGAAACCACUAAGUCCGGGUGAAAUUUUAGGCUGCACGGCCCCACGGCUGGCGGGCGAGGGCGAUGAAGCACGAACGUUGAUCUACCUGGGUGACGGUCGAUUUCAUCUCGAGGCGGCCAUGAUAGCGAACCCGUCGCUCGAAGCGUACAAGUACGACCCGUACGAGAAGCGGUUCACCCGCGAGCUGUACGAUCACGAGACGAUGCGCCGCAACCGCAAGCAGGCGAUCGAUGCGGCACGCGAUGCGACUUGCUUCGGUCUGAUUCUCGGCACACUCGGUCGCCAAGGAUCGACGAAGGUGCUGGAGCACCUGGAGCAGCGCCUCAAGCAUCACAACCGCCGAUCGGUCGUUAUACUGCUGUCCGAGAUCUUCCCCUCCAAGCUGGCCCUCAUGGACGGUAUCGACGCGUUCGUUCAGGUUGCCUGCCCGCGACUGUCCAUCGAUUGGGGGACGGCCUUCCCGAAACCGCUGCUGACCCCGUACGAGCUGUCCGUCGUGCUCGGUGAUGCGGAGUGGAAGAUCCCCGAGUGCACCGCCGCCAAAGAGACGAAACCGAAGACACCGCCCCAUCUUGAGGUGGCCUAUCCGAUGGAUUUCUACGCCAACGCGAGUCUUGGCGAGUGGACGCCCAACUUCAAGAAGCUAGACAUUUGCGAAAACUCAACGGGCGGUUGCUGUGGCCGGUGCAAGGAGGAAAAGGAUAAAGAGGACAAGAGACAGCCAGAUGGCGAGGACGCCGCAGCAGAAGCCGCUCCGCCUGACAACGGUGUAGCCGGUUCAGACGGUGACGAGAAAGAUUAAAGCGCACGGAAAACGUGCGCCACGAUGUGAUGGUUCGUCGUUCCACGCGAUCGGCUCCAAACUGCCAAGGAAAAUUCAAAAGGACAAACCAUCCCCACAAAGCAACAGUAAGGCUGCGAAAGAGAACUGUAUAUAGCUGUCUAAA